ACUUAAACCUCCCCACAUUUCUUGGUCCUGACGGCUCGCAACCGCCCACGUAUUACUUCCAACACCCACCCCUACUUACCCUGCAUUACACACAUGGUCUCUUGCGAUCAACUCUGCUUGAUCUCUUCUCUUCUUAUAUAUAUUUGCAUACUUAAAACAUAAUGCGUGUUUACAAAAUAUGUUCACUAGUGACCACCACCAAAUCAUGUUGCAGUGUUCUGCUAGGCCUUUGCCAAUGGAGGGAAAGUGGAAAACCCAUGUUGAACUUGCUCCUAGUUGCCCCCGUUGUGCCUCUUCCAAUACUAAAUUCUGUUAUUACAACAACUACAGCUUGUCUCAGCCUAGAUAUUUUUGUAAAGGCUGCAGACGGUAUUGGACUAAAGGCGGUUCUCUAAGAAAUGUUCCUGUUGGAGGUGGCUGUCGUAAAAGUCGCAGAGCUAAGUCUUCUCGUGGCGCAGUUUCGAUGAAUUAUGGCAAGAAUUUUAAUGGCCCGUUGAGUGGUAGUUCUUGUUCGUCUAACAUGGACUCUACGGUUCAAGAGACUGGAAGUAAUAAUGAUGGUUCGGAAAUUGAUUUGGCCGUCGUUUUCGCUAAGUUCUUGAAUCAAGAAUCGAGUUUUCAACCUGAGUUUGUUGGGAAAGAAUUGCCUGAUGAGCCUAGUGAUCAAGAACUGGUAAGUGUGGCCAAUUCUUUAAGUCCUCCUGACAGUGAUGCAGUCAUCGAAUGCCAGAACCUGAUCGGCGAAAGCAUCCAAGAAUCUAAUGAUUUACUACAAGCGUUGCUUGUUGCUGGAAAUCAGGAUCAGGAACAAGGAGAUCAAGAAAUGAUCAUGGAAAGUCAAGACAUGAAUGAAUUCGGAUUACAAACUUUGCUAGGCGAUGAAAUAGUGCAGGAUGCUUUGUGGUCUGAAGCUGAAACAUCUCUGUCGAAUGUUACAUGGCAAAUACCAGUUGAUCAGGUACAGCCGCAAGGAUUUGAUUCAUUCUCAGUGGAUGAUCAACUUAAGAUUCCAACGAAUCUUAUAAAUGAUAAUGCUUGGAGUUCUUUCGAUCUCUCUGCAGGAUUUGAGGUUUUCUCGAGAUCUUAUUAGACGUAUAAUUCACAGGAACAUUUACUUUCAAUUUUUCUUCUAUAAUUUACAUAUUUUUGCUCUCUCUUCAAAGAAAUUUGAUUUUUACUGUCACGUUUCCCAUGAAAACAGUCAUGGUAUAUAGAUACUGCAGAUAGAGAUAGUGCAAUAAAACGAUAUAUACAAAUAUUCCCCCUGUCAUUCAUCAGUUUGGUUGUAUCUAUGGAUCAAAGCAAUAAGAUUAACAAAUAUCACUUAUUAUAUUA